AGCGGUUUCCACGUUUAUCACUCCACAAGUUGUGAAAUCAAAGAAAGAUCACAAUAAUCGAAUCACAAUCACAAUAAUCGAAAGAGAGAGUAAUUAAGGAGAAACUGUCACUUGCUUAUACGCCCUAAUGAAAAAUCAACCGAGUAAACAGAAAACGGCAGUCUUUGUUUAUGUUGAAAUCAUGCUUUACUGUUGGUUCAAAAUCGUUCAUAUAUUUGCUGGAAAAAACCACUUAAAUUCUUAAGUUACUUCGUCAUGGCUGGUCGAGGCCGUGGGAAAUCCUCCGGAACACUAACUCAGGAACAGCUGCAGUCUAUGGGGGUAACGAGAAGUGAAAUGCAAACGGUUUCCUCGGCCGCACCCCCUCCCUUGUACCCAUUAUUGCAAUCAAAGCCGGUUCCUUUAGAGUCUAACCCAGAUCGUGACUACAAAAUCUUAUGGAAAGAAGAUUUCAUUUCGUACCUACGGGAGUCACCAUACUACUCAACCAUGAAAAGCUUCAAAGGCCCAGUUCAGCGAUACUCGGACAAAGUCAUAAAUGUUAUCGAAAAUGAUCCUAAACGGAAACAGGACGGUGGAUUUAUAUGGAGUAUGAUGCCAGCAGAAUUGAAACCGUCAUUCAAGCGUAGUAAAGCUAAUCCCAGCAGCGAAACUCAGAUCAAAGCUAAGCGUUCUAAAACGGUUGACAUCGAUGCCAAAUUGAACGAAUUGGAAAAGAAAGAAUCGUUUUUAGAUGAGUCAGAGGUGAAAAAGGAGAAGAAUACCGAAUCCGACGAAGAGAAGGGCGAUGACGAGUUGGAAGAAGAGAUGGUCGAUGAAGAAAUGGACGACGAAAACGAUUAUGGGAAUAACUACUUCGACAAUGGGGAGGCUUACAACGAGGAGGAUGAUAAUUUGGAUGAUGGCCCUGUUUAUUGAAAGGGUUAUCGUAAGUGCUUUAGUUUUUCUUUAUUCAACAGUUCAUAACCUCUAUACAUUUUUUUCUGAACUGAAUAAUAGAUAAUAUUUGCACUCGUCCACAUCGGAAGAGGAUUCUAAUGUUUGAUCGCUUACUUAUAUCCGUCGAACCAGCCCUUAAUUCUGCGACGUGUUAAUAAUGUAACGUUAAAAGUGAAGGUGCAAGAAAAAAAUAUAACUUCUAACUGGUAUGGUCGAUAUCUA